UGCUGGCAAUGCCCUGGUGAAGAAGGGUUGCAGGUGAGGGUGAGUGUGCUGCGCUUCGGGAAUUGAUUCUUUGCUUUGCUCUGCUCUGUUCUGCUCACAAUUUCUUCGUCCUGUUCCGGCACGUGUUAUUUGCCUACCUGCCUGCGCCGUGCCUCACUAUGGUCACCUUUCGGAGCAUGAAGAGCGUUAGGGUUAGGUCUGCGAACGUUUCUGUGUAGUUGCGCAGUAAUUUGUCUCUUGAAGGAGUGUUCGAUGCCCUAGUCCUGUGCACCAUGACCUUUCCCACAACGAUUAUUAGCUGAGCUCGGAGCACGAUUGCAGCUUGCGUGGUGAAGGUUGUUUUGGCAUGACGUAUAUGUUAGGGAAUUGUUGCGCAGUGCUCGAAGAUUAAUUGUGAUCUUUCGGAAGUUGUGAUGCACGAGCUGGAUAACUCACAAUUGUGACUUCUAUUUUCAUGAACUUAUGGAGUGAAUGAGGAAACAAUUAUUUGUCUUUGGCUGGUUGGAACAGUGUAUGGAGAUUUAUUCAACAGAUAUUUGUUGUUGGAAUGUGUGUUGCACACAGUCGGAUAGGUGACGCUACAUUGUAAAAGAACAGAUCCAUAGAAGUGUGCAUUCCAAGAGUGUGGUUAUGGAGCAGAGACUCUACAGACCUAGUCUUGUACACCCUCUAGAAACGUGCAAGGGUGACAUUUCCACCUUUCCGAUCCAAUACGUGCCUUUUGUUUCCAGCUUGUGUUCUUCUAGAAAGUUGUACAUAAAAUUUUGACGUAUCAGAGUCCGGCCGCGUAAAGUUUUCUGGAGCUGAAGGCAUCAGAGUAUGAUUUGAGCAGUUGGAAUGUCGUCUUUCGCUGUUAACUUGUUGAAAACUCAUGUGAUGGAGUUGGGCAGCAGGGUGAUUGGGUCGACUCUUAGAAGCACCAGGGAAAUUCAUAUAGGUACCCUCUUGUACAAUUGCCUCGAGCUGAUGUUCCCGAUUAGAAGGCUUUGUUGCCAAUCCAAUAGGAUUAUGGCAGGCGUUAUGAAACACGUGACGGAUUAUACCAUCCAUGCGAAUCGUGGCAGUAAUCAUGAGGCAGCAGGGCAUUCCGGGAGGCAGGGUAAUCAUCAUUCAGAAUCGUCGGCAGUGUUAGUGCUGUUGAAUUAUCGUCUGCCUCGAUUCACACCUCUGCUUUGGAGCCAAGCAUGCUUGCGGGUGUGUGCUGAUGGCGGGGCUAACCGUCUUUACGACGAGCUUCCCCAGUUUUUCCCCAGAGACGACCCCAGUGUCGUGCGCCUGAGGCAUAAGCCAGAUGUUAUUAAGGGAGACCUUGACUCUAUUCGAGCUGACGUUAGAGAUUACUACGAGAAACUGGGUACAAUCAUUAUUGACCAAUCGCACGACCAGGAAACAACAGACCUCCACAAAUGUAUUCGUUUCAUAAAAGAAUCUACACCUCAGCUUGAUAAAACUCUACUGAAGGUGCUCGUUGUGGGAGCUUUGGGAGGGAGAUUUGAUCACGAGGCUGCCAAUAUCAACGUGUUAUGGACGUUUGCAAAUUCAUUGAGGAUAAUUCUUUUCAGUGAAGAAAGUAGUCUCACCUUGUUGCCAACUGGGUAUGUGCAUGAAAUCCAUGUUGACCGGUCAUUUGAGGGCCCUCAUUGUGGCCUGGUUCCGGUUGGCGCUCCUUCUCUCUCGACCACAAGCACAGGACUUUAUUGGAACUUAGAUCAAACUCCAAUGUCAUUUGGUUCUUUGAUAAGCACUUGUAAUAUUUUGGACAGCGACGUUGUGACCGUUGUCUCUGAUGUGCAUCUACUUUGGACAACUGAAUUACGAUAUGAACCGUGAUUCCUGUGUCCUUCGUAACAGAGAGUGUCUCUUGACCUUGAUAUGGAUGCAUGUCGAAACCUGUUGGUCUAUGUAGUUUGGUUUUCUUCCAGAUGUAUUGCAAUUUAAGCAUGCUCCAGUGAGCGUCGUAAUUGAUGCAUACGACUGCAUUCAGUGCAGUUAGGAAUGGAGAAAUCGUAGCAGCAGUCACUUCUCCCAUGUUCAAAUUAUUUUCCUUCAUAAUGCCUAUGUAAGUAGGAGACGACUUCGAAGUGGCAAAAUGGAAGUCUGAAUUGGUGGUCCUCUUGAAUGUUAAGUCCUGUUUGCCCUAAUUCAAUACAACGUAAACAAUGUUGUGUAGUUGUGUGUGA